AUGAUCUCCCUCGCGCCCACGCCCGCGACGCCCGCGCGGGCGCGAACGUCGGCGCGUCGCUCCCGUCGACGCGACGUCGUCGUCCGCGCGCGCGCGAAGGCGUCGACCGGGAAGACGCGGUCGACGACGACGACGACGCGGGACGAAAAGCCAUCGACGCGGACGACGACGACGUCCACGCCCGCGCGCGCGGUGUGGUGGCCCGUGGACGCGCGCACGGGGAAGCCCCCGUGGUGGUUCCAGCUCGUCGUCUUCGCGGCGUCGCAGGUGUUCGUGGGGACGGUGAUGCAGCCCGCGGCGGUGCUCUGGGCGCGCGCGUUCGAGCCGUUCGCGCGUCGGUAG